CAUCAUAAAAUGGCUUCUACGAGAAGAAAGUCAGCUUCAAGUCAGUGAGAGCUUAUUAGUCUAAAUAUUUAUGACUUUUUUUUCUAUGUGGUGCUGAUCAACAGAUUCUUCGUUAUCGUUUGAUUCAAAGUGUGGACCCUGUGAAGUGAGAGAAAAGAAGAAUAAGCCACUAUACUGGUGUAUGUCCUGUGAAGAAGGUCUGUGUGCAGAAUGUUACGAUCAUCAUAGAGCAAUAAAGGCAUCUAGAAAUCAUUCAACUGUUCUUCUGGAAAACUUUAAACCCCUAGAGCAAUUUAUUUCAACAUUCAAAACAGAUUGCUCAGUGCAUGAUAGUCCUUUUGAGCUGUACUGCCCCUGUCAUGAAGAACCUUGCUGUACAAAAUGUGCUUCUCUUAGUCACCCAAACUGUGUAGGAAUCACUUUAUUCCAUAAGUUUGUAAGUGAGUUGAAAAAAUCAGCUCAGCUAGAAGAUCUUGACAGUAGUAUUGGGACCCUUCUUGAAAACAUUGACACUUUAAUCGAAAAUCGAGAAAGUAAUUUGAAAGAAAUAGAGAAGCCUAAGAACAAUUUGAAUAUGGUGGAAGUUAAAACAGAAAUUGAUCAGUAUCUAAAAAUUAUUGAAAUGAAACUUAAAGCACAAUACAAAAACUUGCAUCAGGAACAGACACAUGAAAUACAUAACGUUCUGAAAAAACUAUUAGAAAAAAGGAAAGAAAUUUCAGAUUACAAAAAUAAUUUAUCACAGUUAAAGCUGAUAGGUACAGAUUGUCAAGUAUUUCAUGGGAGUAAAAAGAUUGAAGAAACAAUAGUGAAAGAAGCAGUUGUUCUAAACAAAAUGUUGGAAGAACCGAGCAUGCAGGAGAUAAGUUUCAAAAUGAAAAAAAAGAAUAAUUUAGAAGAGAUUGUUUCUACGCUUUAUGAUGUUGGGAUAGACAGGAGGAAGCCAACACUAUAUCUUAAAGAUAUAACAUCCCAAACUGCAUGUCAGACGAAAAAAGAGGCUGGACCUUUUGCUUCAUCAAAAUCAAGUACCCGUACUGUAUUUGAAAAUGAAGCUUUUGCAGAGGAUUCAGAUGUGUGCAGUAUAGUUGUUUUACAAGACGGAUUAAUUGCAGUAUCUGAUUUUAAAUAUAAAAGACUUGUUCUAUUUGGAGAUGGUGGAAUGACAGAAGGGACAGUUGGUACUUCUGGUAGUCCAUUUGGAUUAACUACCAUUCAGCAAGAUAAAUUCGCUGUCUCUCUUCCCUUAUCUCAUGAAAUAAUUAUUUUAGACACUGAAACAUAUGAAAUAUUGUGGAAAAUUGAUACACAUGCUGCUUGCUGGGGUUUACACUUUAGUGAUGGUACUUUCAUUACAGCUUUAAGAGCCGUUGAAAUAGCUUUCUUGGAAUUACAUGGGGAAAUUUUCAGAUCAUUUCCAAUGAAACAGAAAAAUCUGGUUUAUGUUUAUAAACACAAUGACAGACAUUUUCGCACAGAGUUUGAAAACAAUACAAUUCAUUGCUACAACGGAAGAGGUCAUAAAGUUUGGCAGUUUUUCAAUGAAGACGCACUUGGACCACGCAACAUCUGCACCGAUGCAGCUGGCAAUUUAUUUGUUGCAUGUAAAGAUUCAAAUUGUGUGAUUAUUAUUUCAAGUGAUGGGAAAAGAUACCAAAAGGUCGUUGAAAUAAAGCGACCCAAAAGUAUUUACUUCAAUGAAAGAAAGUCUAAGCUUUAUGCAUGUAGUGAUAAUGGAAGGAGCUUUAUUUCUUUCAUUUUACCGCAAAACAUUUUAUAAUUUGCUUGACAUUUUCAAAGCUCGCAAAAUAAAAUGAAUGUAAACAUUUGAAAACAAAAGAUUUUUUUCUUGCUUACUUAAUCUAUAUAUAUUUAUACCAGAGGCACUUUAACUCUUAU